CGCCCGGGGUGGGAGGAUGUGAUGACGCUGUGCCCCCGCCGCGGGAACUCAGGCCUUUAAAAGCCGAGGAAACAGCCUUGAGCAGGCGGUGGCUCCACUGGAGGCAAGCACACCCGGGUCUCACAUUAAAGAAGCCAAACUGUCUGCUUCAAAGAGAAAAGGCAACAUCCUGUCGCAGGCCAUGCUCUGGCAAAAACCCACAGCUCCAGAGCAAGCCCCGGCCCCACCCCGGCCGUACCAGGGCGUGCGGGUGAAGGAGCCCGUGAAGGAGCUGCUGCGGAGGAAACGUGGCCACGCCAGCAGCGGGCCUCCGGUGGCACCGACCGCGGUGGUGCUGCCCCAUCAGCCCCUGGCGACCUACACCACAGUAGGUCCUUCCUGCCUUGACAUGGAGGUCUCUGCUUCCACAGUGACGGAGGAGGGGGCCCUGUGUGCUGGCUGGCUCUCCCAGCCCGCCCCGGCCACCCUCCAGCCCCUGGCCCCAUGGGCACCCUAUACGGAAUAUGUGUCCCAUGAGGCUGUCAGCUGCCCCUACUCAGCUGACAUGUAUGUGCAGCCCGUGUGCCCCAGCUACACGGUUGUGGGACCCUCCUCGGUGCUGACCUACGCCUCCCAGCCGCUCAUCACCAAUGUCACGACGAGAAGUGCUGCCACACCCACAGUGGGACCCCAGCUGGAGGGCCCAGAGCACCAGGCACCUCUCACCUAUUUCCCGUGGCCUCAGCCCCUGUCCACGCUGCCCACCUCCACCCUACAGUACCAGCCUCCAGCCCCAGCCCUGCCGGGGCCCCAGUUUGUCCAGCUCCCUAUCUCUAUCCCGGAGCCAGUCCUUCAGGACGUGGAAGAUCCCAGGAGAGCCAUCAGUUCCCUGACCAUCGACAAGCUGCUUUUGGAGGAAGAGGAUAGCGAUACCUAUGCGCUCAACCACACGCUUUCCGUGGAAGGCUUUUAGGGCUGGCUCCCACCCGAGCAUCCUGUCCCCUGAAACUGGGAUUUGAAAACGAGCCUGGGAUUGAGCCUCAGGUUCAUAUCUGUUUGGAGUUUCAUAAUUACAAACUACAGUUUCUACCCCAAACUAGAAUUGUAAACCAGACUUCCUUCCUCCCUCCCUCCCUCCCUUCCUCCCUUCCUCCCUUCUUCUCUUUCUUACUCUCUCUUUCUUAUUUCUUUUUCCAUUUCUGUUUCCUUUUGGGAGGGAAUUAUAGGGAUUUUAAAGAUAAUAUUUGAUGCCAAGUGUUGCCUAAUCUGUGGCCCAGGGUUUUUAUUUCUGCCACGUUUCCUUCCUGGAGAAGGCCCCUCUCUCCAAUGCCCACUGCUUCGUGGGAGCAGCAGCCCUGCUGAGCCGUCUUCAGGCAGUGAUGCCCUGUGCUCUGUCAUUUUGAGAUGGAUGGGGUGCCCUGUGAGAAGACCAGCCCUGCCAGCAUCUCCAAGGGCAGAACCAAUGCCAGAGGCCUUGAGCUGUCAGUUCCCACAGUUGCUCCUUUGUUUGCUGUUCUCAGCUUUGGCCAGAUUUACAGUCUUGACAGCAGGGUCUCAAGGCCUGGGGCUCAGCGAGGUGGUGGGUGGAGGAUCGGGGCGGGGUGGGGGGGGGGGGGCAGGAAGGGAACAUCAGAGUGGGUGGGGGCCGGGUCAGAGGGACAAAGGGGGGUUGGGGGCAUGGAGUGUGGAUGUGGGGGGAGGGGCGAGCAGGAGGGCUGAGGAAUGGUUUUCUUUAGAUUACUUGGUUAUUAAGAAGGGGAAUAAAUUUAAGAAAAUAUGGCUUUAAUAGGUGGUUUUGCUGCUCUCCUUGAGGAUGCUUGCAAGGAGAGCUGAGCUUUGGUCAACAGGAUGAUGGGAUAUGUCUGACUGUAUCUUUCCAUGUCCAGACCCUCUUUGGGGCUAUGUGCAGGCCAAGACCCACUGAGGCCCAGGGAUGACUGAGACCUGGUUGAGUGUGGCCACAUGUGCUUCUUUAGUGUCUUAAGCCUCCAUGGACCAUGCUUAUGUGAAGCCAGGACCGCCUCCCCAAGCACCAUCCUUCCUGGGGGUUCUAGAGCCUCAGCCAGAAGGACCAUUAGGUUUCAUUUCAAUUUUUAUUUUUUUGCUGGAGAAACAUCAGAUCUGCAGGGGCCUGAGCACAGCUGUCACCAGGGGUGCACAGCUCCUGACAGAGGCCAUGUCCUUCGGGAACUAGCACAUCUGUCUGCUAAGGACACCAUUGUCACUAUUAGGCAGAUGCAUUAGUUGGA